AUGGCAAAUAAAUGCUCUCAAGCCAGGGUAAUUGCUCGAUACCUAUCAAAAAGGAGAACAGCCUUCUGCACGCGCGGCGAGGUAUUAGCCGUAUCAGCGUGGAACGUUAGAACGCUUAUUGACGUUGCAAGCCAAGCGAUCACUGUCCACACCCUAUCUAAGUAUCGUGUGGAUAUCGCUUGCUUGUUAGAGGUCCGUCUUCCUCACUUUGAGUCUCGAGAAAUUAUUAAUCCUAGUUCAGAGCAGAGAUACUGGUUAUAUCACUGUGGUGCUUUGAAUAACUCAGGACGAAAUGACGUAGCGAUUGUCAUGUCUGACAAGGCCCAUUCCGCUUUGAUUGAGUGGAAACCUGUAAACGACUGUAUGGCCUAUGCCCGUUUUAAGGGUAAGUUCUGCAAUAUCUCGGUCAUCAGUGUCUAUGCUCCAAUGCUGUCGGCAGAUGACCGUGAUAAAGACAAGUUCUAUGCGGAACUUCAACUGCUAACGAAGUCUCUACCGAAACAUGAUAUAAUCAUAAUCGGGGAAGACUGGAAUGCUCGCAUAAUGAAGCAAAGUCAUAAUGCAGCUGCGAUGACCUCAGCAAUUGGCAAAUAUGGCAUCGGAGACCAGUGUGCCAAUGGAGAACGUCUUCUUCGUUAUGCCGAAGAGCAUGAACUUCUUGCUAUUAAUACUAAUUAUUGA